CCUUGAAGGGAACAACGGACAACCAGAAAAAGGACUCGUUGCGAGCCGAGCCGCUACUUCGGGCGCUCACUACUUUCCUACUUUGGGCGCAGAUGUGGACCCACAAAGUCACGUGGGCGCGUUGCACUUGUUACGCGCCUGUGGCUUGGUGGCCUGUGUUCAACUUCUACGCGCGACUGCUCGCUCACUCUUACUCGCACUACUCUGAUCUCUCCGCCACAGUAAAGUUCUACUAACUCAAGACACAGAGGUUUUAUUGAGCGGCUGGAAGGCGGUCUUCCCGUUGGGGCGUAUAGCAAAUACAACAAAAGCGCCAGCAUAGCAACCGUCCUCGUAUUUAACCCUCCAGGAACACAGUCAAAGCACAUCACAUCCCCCCUGUCUGUCACCACCAUGUAUCUCGAUGGCUAUUCAGCGUGGAUAACUGUCCCUGGACACGAGCUCCGCGAGUUUGACAUCGCUGUCGAUCAACACAAUCGAAGAGUGACGUGUUGGAUCCCAAGCGAAGAAGGAGCAAAAUUCUCUGUUCAUUGGCAGGACCACGGCUGGUCCAUCCCCACCGCCACCUUCAUCAAGCUCGACGGCUACACCGUUCCCGGACACUUCCUUAUGGGCACAGGCCAUGCUGAGCGUUCGAACAUCCGAGUGGGUCUCACCACGGUGAGGCCCUUCAUGUUCCAGAGGGUCCCGGAGCUCUAUAUUGGGGCCGUUCCGACGGACACCGACCCUAAGGAGUUGGGUACAAUCGUCGUCAAGAUUAAGCGUGUGGCCAUUGUCGGCAAGCACAGCAAGAAUGCACCAAUCGUGCCGAGGCCACCACUCGGCGGUCAGCGCUCAGUAGGCGCGGAAGAUCCGGUCGGGAUAGGCUACGGUGGCGAGGAGAUGGGCCACGUUCAGAUGCCCACGACGUGGCAGGUCAAGCCAUGGGACAAGAAAGACCCGGGCACCUAUGCGACGUUCAUCUUCCGUUACCGGACGCGCAAUUUCCUCAUCGCGCAGGGGAUCAUGUCGGAGUCAGACAGCAUCCAUACUAGCCUGCACGCAGGGGAGAGUUCGCCGUCGCCCGAGCCCGAUGACGACUCGCAGGAUGUUGAGUCCGUCCCUCCUAGUCCAACCGAAUCGUCCCCGCCUCCUACCCCCGCCCUCUCAGCCAUUUCCGGACCCUCGUCUCCUAGGCGUGCACCAAGUGUGAGGCCUCCGAGUCGACCAGUGUCCAAUCGUAGCGUGUCCCUUGGAGAGCCGCCUCGGCCGAAGUCUACUUUCCCGCAGGCACCCCCGAAGAAUUGGACGUCGACGAGCCCGGUACCCCUUCCUCACCCGAUCGUGUCGAGUCAUGGCCCCCCUAAAGCACAGGAAAUCGGCCUGGGCGCACCGCCAACUACCGCAACGAGAAGAGCAGUCAUACGUGACGCUACCGCCACAAGGAGCGUCAGUGCUCCGCAGGCCCAAGUAGAGAGCGCCUUGAACACCUCUGCCACUGCGCAUAGCGCUGGUGCCGCAAGGACCGCCAGCACCUAUUCGUCCGGCGCGGUCAGUUACUACGACCUCAGCAAUGCCGGUUCGCAGGAUUCCGGUGUCCCCAACUCGUACGAUCUUGACACCACCGAGUCUUAUGACUUCAGCACUAUCGAGCCCUUCACCAUCGGUGCCGCCCCGUCCUUCGACACCGGUGCCGCGGAUGUCAACGCUCCGUACUUCUACGACGGGGACCAAAGCGCCGCCUACUCCUACGACGCAGAUCCGAACGUCUAUCUCACGUAUCCCAGCACCUCUGGGACGUACGAGAACGAUGCUCUGGGUUCGUACCCCUCGAGCGCCGACAAUUCCUACGAGUCCGGCGCUGACACCUACGAUCAUGGCGUGGCUGGCCCCUUCGACCCGUCCAAGGUCACGCAUUCGUAUGGCCCGAGCACUGUUAACAUCACCAGCUACUAUGGGCAGGCCUCCGCCAACUACUACCCACAGGAGCCAGACACCACCGAAGGACACAAGGACAAUCCGCUCGCGAGAGCAGUUCAGGCCGUGAAGAACAUGCCGCCUCGUUACGAGGGUCCGCCAGUCUAUACCGAGCCUGCUCAGCGUCCCCCAAAAGAGAAACGCCAGUACUCGAAGACACGCCCGGGCCCUGCCAUGUACCUUGGCCAGGGACCGCACAAAGAACUGGUGCCGAAGUCUGCUUCUUCCCAGCCCUCGCCUCCGGAGAGUACAUAUACGAGCUCUCCUUCGAGCUCGAGCGUCAGUAGCUCCCAGGCUCCACUCGCGAGGUCGCGCGAGGGGGUUCAGGCUGAUGCUGAAAGGGCCGCGGAGGAUGCUGCUCGCGCGGAGAAGGCACGACAAAUGGCAGCCAGGCGUUGUACGCCGGCCGUGCCAAUUCCGGCUAACCUCCUCUUCGUCGACCCCGAAGGCGCAGUGAUCCACCCGCCGCCAUACGCUCCAGUAAUCUCAACCCCUCGCAAGUCUUCGGGGUCAUCCCGUCGCCGUUAAAGAAGUUGUCUCAGCUUUGCAUCAAUGUUACUCACCGAUCUCGUCGCCGUUAUUUGCUCGUCAACGUUAUUUGCUCAUCGCCGUUAUUUUCUCAUCACCGUUAUUUGCCCAUCGCUCUCGUGCAUAGUCGUCUGUUACGGUCCGUUGCUCUCGCUUUUCUAGUUGGUUCCGUCGAAGAAAGGAUCUUUGUCGUGCUCUGCAAUGGGCCUGUCGCUGCAUGUAUCAUGUCACGCUUUGUAAAACCUCACUCUCGUUGUAGUCCUGUUUUCCAGUAUUGUUCUCGUUGUACAUAUUCCCGUCACCGCGCUAUCCCUGUUAACUUGUAGCUCGUUAGCACUGUCGUUACUUUUGCUGUCUCGUUAUCGGAAUGUAUGCCACGCUCCUUACUGUAUUAUCGCCCUCGCAGAAUGGAUCUUGGUGAUAUGCUACGUCCUGAUUGAGUGUUCUUGAAAGCCAUGGUCGAG